CCAGGGCCUCCUUCCUGUAUAUAACCGCGUCCCACUUCCACUCUCUUCUCACCAAACACAAGCAUCACUUAAGCAGCUCCAUCAGUUCUGAGUUCUCUAGCUACUACACUUGCUAAACUACAGCGAUCACAGUUCACAGAUCAGUCUCCACAAACGCAGCAGCAGCAAGAAGAUUAGAAGAAGAUGGCUGGUGUGGCUAAGGCGUCGUGGAUGGUGGCGAUGAGCGUGGGGGCCGUGGAGGCGCUCAAGGAUCAGGCCGGGCUCUGCCGCUGGAACUACGCUCUCAGGUCCAUCCACCGCGCCGCCAAGGCCAACGUCCAGGCAAGGGGCGGCCUCUCGCAGGGCAAGAAGCUGUCCCCUGCCGCGGCGAUGGCAGAGAGGGGGAGAGCUGAGAAGGCAGAGGAGGGGUUGAGGACGGUCAUGUACCUCAGCUGCUGGGGUCCCAACUAAGCUAGUAGUGUUAUUAGCAGCAAAAUUAGCCAUGGCCUGCUAUGCUACUUGGCUGGUUAAUUGCCUCCUGAUUGUAAAUAUGGACCACGAUGAUGAUGAUGAAAAUUUCUGCCCACUUGAGUUUA